UACUGUCAACCAAAUCCAACAUGGCGGCAUAUCAGACGACUUUUUAUUUCACACGCCGAAUCAUGCAUCUAGGAUGUAGACAAGCGCCUUGCUCUGUCAGGCUGUCUAGAACAAACUUCAGCUCUCAAGCUACGAGUCCAAAUAAACUAGACAACGAUGCUGUGCAAGUCUUAGGAAACAGAUAUGAGAGAGAUGAGUGGACCAAUGUUACUCCACAAAUCUUGUCCAAAGUUGGUAGGAACCUUCACAACCAACAAUAUCACCCACUCAACCUUAUCAAACAAAGGAUACACAAUCACAUCUAUGCCAGGUACACUCAUCGCGGUAACCCGCUAUUCUCUGUCUACGACUAUCUCAGUCCUGCGACCACCACGGAGCAGAGCUUCGAUAGCGUGUUGAUUCCGAAGGAUCACGUGACACGAAGGAAGCAGGAUAACUACUACAUCAACAGUGACCAACUGUUGAGACCGCACACAUCCUCACAUCAGCGGGACUUGGUGAAGUCUGGGCUAGACGCGUUCUUGGUGACCGGAGACGUCUACCGAAGAGACGACAUCGAUAGAAGCCACUACCCAGUGUUUCAUCAGAUGGAAGGGGUUAGACUCUUUACUAAACAUACGCUGUUUGAGGGAGUGAAAGGAGGCCACAUGCUGGAGCUGUUUGAGGAAGGUCGGAGGGUUCCGGAGAAACAGGAGAAUCACACACUGGAGGCUGCCAAACUGGUGGAGCAUGAUCUCAAACAGACUCUGGUUGCUCUCGUAAAAAGCCUUUUUGGAGAAGACUUGCAAACUAGAUGGGUGGACUGCUACUUUCCCUUCACCCACCCAUCAUUUGAACUGGAGAUUUGGUAUGGUGGGGAAUGGCUGGAGGUGCUGGGCUGUGGAGUCAUGGAACAAGAAUUACUGAGGAGAGCUGGUGCUUCAGACAAGGUUGGCUGGGCCUUUGGGCUGGGACUGGAGAGGCUGGCCAUGAUCCUGUACGGGAUUCCUGAUAUCCGCCUCUUCUGGAGCGACGACCACGGCUUCCUCUCACAGUUCAGGGUCAACGAUGUCAACCAGCCUGUUAAGUUUCAGCCUUUCCAAAAGUAUGAGCCAAUUGUACGGGACAUAUCUUUCUGGAUUCCGCCCGGGUUUGAACGUGCAGACUUCUUGGACCUUGUCCGCACUGUGGGAGCAGAUGUCAUAGAAGAAGUUUCUCUGUAUGAUGAGUUCGUUCACCCCAAAACAAAGAAGACAAGCAAUUCAUACAGGAUCAAAUACUUCCAGCUGGAAAGGCUGCUCACAAACGAGGAGGUCAGCAAUAUACAUAAGAAAAUCCAGGAUGCUGCAGUACAACAGCUUGGUGUUGAGGGGCGCUUUUAACACAAUGUCAUGGCUACACAAUGCUUUGAUGGAAAGUAAUUGGAGGUCGUAGGAGUACAAACAAAAAUGUUUUGUUUUAAGAAGGAUAUUCAUUCAAGGUAUAGUUUGUUGGGUAUUUCAAACUUGAAAGAAUUUAACCACAGAUAGCUGACCAAAUCAUCCAUUGCUGCAGUUUGAUUUUCUGCUUUAAAUAGGAGCUGCUGAAUACAAUGCAGGGUGCAAUAGCUGUAAUGACACUUGACAGAUCUGUAAGAUGUAAACAAAUGUUGCCAUUUUUUAAUAUCUUUGAUAUGGUUCAAGAUUUCA